AUGUGGUUUUUGGUACACAUUUCAAAAGAGUAUUUACAAUUGGAACCCAUUGGUUUGGUGUUUGUGUUCUUUUUUGCAUUAAUUUUGGUGAUACAAUUUUCGGCUAUGUUGUUCCAUAGAUUUGGAACACUUUGCCAUUUCUUGGCUUCAGUUGAACUCAACUGGUAUUGCAACAAAAAGGUGGAGGACCUUUCGCAAGACGCGCUCCUCGACCGCAACGCCGUGCAGAUCGUGAAGGAUCUGCAGAAGCUGCGCGGAAUCGACGGCGACUACGACAACGACUCGGGAAGCGGCCCGGACAGGGUAGGCCGACGCCGAACGAUACACAAUCUGGAGAGGGCGAAGCAGAAGAAGCGGCAGAUAGGCACGCUGGACGUCGCCUUCAAGAAGCGCUUCUUCGGAAUCAAGGCGGACGGACCAGGUACGCCUAUAUUGUCAAGAAAUAUGACAAUGAGACGAGAAACAAUAAAGGCUUUGGAAGUUCGAAGGAAUUCAGUGAUGGCCGAACGUAGAAAAUCACAAAUGCAAACAUUAGGUGCCAAUAAUGAAUAUGGAAUCACUGGAGUUGCGAUGAACAAUAAUCUAGGAGCAAUUCCUGCACCUCGUCAUCGUAUCUCGAAUGCAGGUCUUUCGGUAAAAGACAUGUUCGAACAUCCUGGUGGCCCUGGACAAGUAAAUAGGGCCUACGAGCCUAAUUUAUCCGACGACGAAAGGGCCGAUUCUCUGCGAUUACAGACCAGGAAUCAAGUUACGUGGAGUGCUAACAAUAGUCGAAUGUGA